CAACUAAAAAGAGCCGGAUGUUAUCGUCUGAUAGUCUUCAUCGCUUCACCCGUACGAUUGACCGCAGGUACGAUGUUAACUUCCCAAAAAAUACCACCCUUCCAGGGCUCCACCACAUGUCCCUUCACAUAAUGCCACCAACCGGUUAAUCGACCUCCACGCACCCUCCCGACGCCGCAUCCCCUCCACUCCGCCCCCACGGCCGCCGCCCCUCGCCCCCACUGCCGACGCCGACGCCGCCGCAUCCCCUCCACUCCGCGAGGCCCCUCCCCUCCGCCCCCUACUACCGCCGCCGCCGCAGCCCCUACACUCCGCGAGUCUCCUCUCCUCCGUCCCCAUUGACGCCGCCGCCGUCGCAGCCCCUCCCCUCCCCCGGUUGACGCCGUCGUCGUUCCUCCACUUUGCAAUCCCCUCCGCUCCCACUGACGUCGCCACUGCCGCCCCUCCCCCGCGCGAUCCCCUCCGCCCCGGACCUAGCGAAGCCGGAGUUCGGGCUCGCCAAGCUUCUGCCAGGGCAGGACCACGCCGAACACGACAACGGUCCUGAGCGCCCCCUGCGACCACGAGUGCGAAGCUGGCGCCGGUAGGUUGGGCAACCUCGAUGGAAUAGGUAAUUCCACAACACUGGAAUAGUGGGACAAUCUCGCCGCCAGACGACCUCGCUAAGCCUCUGCCAGAGCAGGAGCGCGGAGGACAGGGCAACGGUCCUGCACUGCCAUCAUCGACUGCUUGCCACUUCCAGGGUUCCAUUAAAUGGAGAAUAGCGGUUCACGUACACCAUUCGGAGACAACACCAACACUACCAAUGGAGGAAGAUCUAGAGUUCGCAAAAGGGAGACAGAUAGCGCUCGAUGGCACGGAAUGUCUCAAGAGAAAAGGGACGAUACAAAUAGAAAACGUCGAGAAGCGUAUAAAAGAAGAAAGGAGAGAAAGGAGCAACACCUAUGUAUCGAAAAUACCAAUGAUGGUGUGGAUGCAUCAAACAAGGAAAAUAUUGAUCCUACUGAAACAGAUGAUUGGUUGCAUAAGGAUGAUUCAUUCCAUGCAAAAAACAUUGAUGAUGAACUUAUAUCCAAUCAGUUACCAGGUGGUGAGGUAAUUACUGCUCGCAACAUGGUUAUGAAUUAUCAAAAGCAAUCACAAUGCACCCAGGAGCAAAUCAUGGCUCAUCGUGCGUCGUCUAUGAAGAGCCAUGCAAACAUGACACAUGCACAACGGGAACAAAGGAAAAAGCGACAAAAGCUUUACAAUCAAGCUCCAUCUCGUAAAGAGGCAAUGAAAGUUACUACAAACCGCUUUAGGGAGAUACGGAGACACACCUUAAAUAGUGAGUCCAUCGCAAUGGAGAACCCACACUUUAAUCCAACGAUGGAGUGGCCCAUUGCAAACUCAUCCGGGCCUCAGGGUCCCACAAUAAGCCCCAGUGAUUGGACUAUCCCAGAAUCCAGUGCAACACCUAUUUGCUUCCCCCCACAAGUGAAAGAGGAGACAUAUGAUGAUGAAGAUGAAUGCGGUGAUAUACCAUCUGGUCACACGACACAUAGACAAAAUGUACCAUCUGGGCAAAGACAUGUAUUGUUAGCGCAUCGUAACACUAUGUUCGAGCGCCGCAUCGGUCAAAGCACAGGAGUAUCUAAUAAUGAUGGUGAAGACCACAAGGAUGAAAAUAUGCCCUUACCUCAGUCAACUAUGACGAACAACGAAAGCGCUAGACCAAGCAAUCAACUUGCUUCAGCUACACCUGAACAACCAUUAUUUGAUGAUACAGAUGAUGAUGAGGGCGAUAUAUUUGAAGAUGAUGAGGAAGAGGAUGAGGGAUACUUGUUUGCUGGUCAAGAGGAAUCAGAUGACGAUGUCCAAAGUGAUACUACCGAGGAAGACACGACUUCUAACCUUGAAGGACCUGACCCGUAUGAAGUGGUGUAUAGUAACAUGCCUAGGGAGACACACAUGCUAAAACCUGUCCCAGAUUGCAAACAUUGUGGAGCAAAGAGGUUUCCAAAAGAACCUCCUGGGUUUUGUUGUCGCAGCGGGAAGGUUGAGCUGAAUGCGCCCGUCAUACCAAACCAGCUUAUGAGGCUUUGGACAAGCUCUGACGCGGAUGCUAGGCACUUUCGUAACAAUAUCAGAUUUUUCAAUGGCCACUUCUCUUUCACUUCCCUGUAUUGUCGCCUCGACAGUGCUACUGCUAACAUUAGAAACAGCGGCAUAUAUACUUUUCGUGCACAUGGCAUGAUCUAUCACAACAUAAGGUCAUUUGGGAGAGAAGAUGGUAAGGAGCCCAGGCAUCUUGAGCUUUACUUCUAUGAUGACGAUCCGAGCCUUGAGUACCGGUACCGAAGGUGUCGUGAAGAGCAGUAUCAAAAAGAUAAAGAAGUUAUAAAUAGACUGGUGGCCAUCCUUCGUGAAAACCCGUACUCACAACAUUUGAGGAGUCUGGGGAACACUGAACACCUCGAGGACUAUCGUGUGACACUUAACCUCGAUCAGCGAUUGGACCAAAGGACAUACAACGUGCCGAUGGCUUCAGAGGUGGCUGCUGUUUGGAUCGAGGGUAGUGAACUCCUUGGUCAAUUUCAGAAUAGUGUUGUCCUACAUGGGAAAGAUAGGAGUAGGCAUGGCAUCCGAUCAUACCAUGGAUGCUAUGAUGCUCUUUCAUACCCACUCUUUUUCCCUAGAGGUGAGCUUGGAUGGCAUAUGGAUAUCCCAAAGAAAGGUGUUACUAUGGAGGAUGUCAACACGGCUCGUGCCCUGCGUAAGGCUCGUAGUGGUAUUGAAGAAGAAGAAACAGGUUUGUAUAUCUUCUUGUACUUUUCAUGCAUAUCAAACCAUUAUCACAUGAACACCUCUAAUACCAUAGUUUUUUCAGACUCUCCGGGAAAUUUAUGUGUUUCUGUGCGUGACUACUACUGCUACAAGUUCCAGAUACGACCAGGAAUAUUUAAUCCCAUACUUUAUGGCAAGCGUCUUUUUCAACAAUUUGCAGUGGACACAUACAUCAAAAUCGAGAGUUCUCGAUUGGAUUACAUACGCAAUCAUCAAACUGAGAUUAGGGCUGAUCUCUACCAAGGAUUGGUUGAUAGCCUACAUGCUGGUGAGGGUAGAUCAGAAGCUGUUGGAAAGCGGACAGUGAUGCCUUCAUCGUUUAUCGGAGGCCCGAGGGACAUGAGACGUAGAUACAUGGAUGCCAUGGCACUGGUGCGAAGGUUUGGAAAACCAGAUAUAUUCCUGACUAUGACAUGUAAUCCAAAGUGGGAUGAGAUCACACGUGAGUUGUACCCUGGACAAACACCACAGGAUCGUCCAGACCUUAUUGAUCGGGUCUUUAGGGCAAAACUAGAAGAGCUUAAGCACAUGUUGUUAAAAAAGGAUAUCCUUGGAAAGGUUCGUGCACACGUGUAUGUUGUGGAGUUCCAGAAGAGGGGUCUACCGCAUGCACAUUUUUUGCUAAUCAUGGACAGACGCUACAAGAUCACGUGCCCAGAGCAGUACGACCUUCUCAUCUCUGCCGAACUCCCAAACAAGAAGAAGUAUCCAGACUUGUAUAAAAUGGUUACAAAGCAUAUGAUGCAUGGACCUUGUGGAGUACUUAAUCGCAAUUGUCCGUGCACAAAGGGCCGUGAAUCAUGCAAGAACCGUUACCCACGACCUUUCUGUGAUGCCACAUUACAGGGCAAGGAUUCAUACCCAGUUUAUAGACGACGAGACAAUGGUAGAAAAGAAAAAGUUCGCGGACACGAGCUUGACAAUAGAUGGGUCGUGCCUUAUAACCCAUACCUCCUACGUUUGUUCAACUGCCACAUCAAUGUUGAGGCGUGUGGGAGCAUCAAGGCCGUGAAGUAUUUGUUUAAGUACAUUUACAAGGGUCAUGACCGCACGUCUGUGGCUGUGAGAGAGGCUGACAAGGAGGACAAUGAAGGAAACAUCGAUGAGAUCAAACAGUACAGGGAUGCUAGAUGGGUAACUCCACCAGAAGCCUUGUGGAGGAUAUAUGGUUUUGAUAUAAGUGAUAGGUCCCCUUCGGUGUUGUCCUUGCAGCUCCAUCUUCCUAAUAUGCACAUGGUGUCAUUUUACCAGCGCGAGGGUGUUCGACGUGUGCUUAAUCGUCCAGGUGUUGAAAGGUCGAUGCUCACAGCCUACUUUGAGAAGAACAACACAUCUGAACAUGCUCGCGGUAUAUUGUAUCGAGACUUUCCUGAGUACUAUAAGUGGGACUCACAAGGAAAACAAUGGAUUAGGAGGGCACAAAAGAAUCAUUUAAGACAGAUUGGAAGAGUUGUAUGUGCCAAUCCGGCUGAAGGGGAGCGUUACUAUCUUAGGGUGCUUCUAAACCACGUGGCUGGUGCUACCUCGUUCACUGAUCUAAGGACAGUGUCUGGCGAACUACUACCAACUUUCCGUGAAGCUGCAGAAAGAAGGGGCCUCAUUGAAGCGGACAACACGCUGCACGAGGGCCUUGCUGAAGCUACUCUGUGGAUGAUGCCAUAUGCACUACGAAGGCUGUUUGCAACAAUUUUGGUUUUCUGUGAGCCGAGUGAUGUAAUAGAACUCUGGGAAAAGCAUAAGGAGGCAAUGUCAGAGGACUACAGGCGCAAUAACCAAUCUAGCUUUGCAGUGGAGCAGAUGGUCCUCAUAGAUAUUCGAAAGUUGUUAGAAUCAAUGCAGAAGGACAUAAAGAUGUACCCACUUCCUGAUAUCGAUGACACAUAUGAUCCAUCCGGUGAUAUUCCUAGGGAGAUUUUUGAGGAGGCUAGCGUUGAGGCAAGCAUUGAUGACAUGGCACUAUCAAAGACUCUUAACGAGGAGCAGCAGGCAGCCUAUAACGAGAUUAUGUCUGCUGUUGAUAGCGAUAAUGGGGGUUUGUUCUUUGUGGAUGGACCUGGUGGCACAGGAAAGACUUAUCUAUAUAGGGCCCUACUUGCUACUAUACGUAGUCAGAACAAGAUUGUCGUGGCAACAGCAACAUCUGGUGUUGCUGCGUCAAUAAUGCCGGGUGGUAGAACCGCCCACUCGCGCUUCAAGAUUCCCCUCACCCUCGAUGAUGGGGCCUUUUGCACCUUUACAAAACAGAGCGGUACUGCUAAGCUGCUUCGGACCACAUCCCUUAUUAUUUGGGAUGAGGUGACGAUGAUGAAGAGGCAAGGUGUCGAGGCGCUAGACAACAGCCUCCGUGAUAUCAUGGAUCGUCCUAACCUGCCAUUUGGGGGCAAGACUGUGGUGUUUGGUGGAGAUUUUAGGCAAGUUCUUCCAGUUGUUCGAAGAGGGUCUAGGGCUCAAAUAGUUGGUGCCUCACUACGGAUGUCGUACCUUUGGAAUUCCAUGCGACAUCUCAAAUUGGUGCAAAACAUGAGGGCAAAGAGCGAUCCAUGGUUUGCAGAAUACUUGCUACGCAUCGGGGGAGGCUCAGAGGAGGCUAAUUGUGAUGAUGAAAUCCACCUUCCUGAUGAUAUAUGCAUUCCACAGACUGGGAAAGACAAUGAUCUUGAUACAUUAAUUGACUACAUAUUCCCUGCCCUCAAUGCUAAUAUGUCAAACAAGAGCUACAUCACCUCACGAGCAAUAUUAUCUGCACGGAAUGACUGGGUUGAUAUGAUUAACAUGAAGAUGAUAAGUCGUUUCCAAGGAGAUGAGAUGGUGUACCAUAGCUUUGAUAGUGCAGUGGAUGAUCCUCAUAACUAUUACCCAUCUGAGUUCCUCAACACUUUGACCCCCAACGAUGAUGAGAUGUUCCCGUUCCAGUUUAAGAGGAAGCAGUUUCCUAUUAGACUCAGUUUUGCCAUGACGAUUAACAAAGCACAGGGGCAGACUAUCCCCAAUAGCCACUGCCAGAUCGAAUAUUAG